ACGAGCUCGACGCCGGGAUGGACACAAGCUCACCGCCAAAUCUCCUCUCAUCGUCUGCGGACGCACCUCAUCCAUCGCACUCGUCUUCUUUGCCUAGCCUCCACCUUCACCGUUCUCUUUAUAAGAUGGCUAACGCUCCUCAUGGUGGUGUUCUGAAGGACCUGGUGGCGAGGGACGAGCACCUGCGCGACAACCUCAAGGCCGAGGCACACACCCUCGCCGAUAUCAUCCUCACUGAGAGGCAACUAUGCGACCUCGAGCUGCUCAUGAACGGCGGCUUCAGCCCCCUCGAGGGCUUCAUGUCCGAGGCCGACUACAAGAAUGUGAUCGACAACCUCCGCCUCGCCGAUGGUUCUCUUUUCCCUAUGCCGAUCACCCUCGAUGUGUCUCGCGAGGACAUCGACCGUCUCUCUCUUGCGCCCGGAGCGCGCAUCGCUCUCCGUGAUCCCCGCGACGAGCAGGCUCUUGCUAUUAUUACCGUCGAGGAUGUGUACCGCCCCGAUCAGGUGAAGGAGGCCAUUGAGGUCUUCGGCGCGGAUGACCCCGCACACCCGGCCGUUUCCUACCUCCGCAACAAGGUCAAGGAGUACUACGUUGGCGGCAAGGUGCAGGCCAUCCAACCCCCGACGCACUUUGACUACGUCGCUUUGCGCUUCACCCCCGCCGAGCUCCGCGCACACUUCAAGAAGCUCGCAUGGCGCCGCGUCGUCGCUUUCCAGACCCGUAACCCCAUGCACCGCGCCCACCGUGAGCUCACCGUUCGCGCCGCCCGCCAACGCCAAGCGAACGUCCUCAUCCACCCCGUUGUCGGCCUUACCAAGCCUGGUGAUGUCGACCACUACACUCGCGUCCGUGUAUACGAGGCCAUCAUGGCCAAGUACCCCAACGGCAUGGGCCACCUCGCCCUCCUCCCCCUCGCGAUGCGUAUGGCGGGCCCGCGUGAGGCGGUCUGGCACGCGAUCAUCCGCAAGAACUUCGGCGCGACGCACUUCAUCGUCGGCCGCGACCACGCGGGCCCCGGGAAGAACUCUCAGGGCAAGGACUUCUACGGGCCCUAUGAUGCGCAGGACCUCGUCAUGAAGUACCACGAGGAGCUGCACAUCGAGAUGGUGCCGUUCCAGAUGAUGACGUACCUUCCGUCUACGGACGAGUACCAGCCCGUCGACGAGGUGCCGAAGGGCGUGCAGACCCUUGACAUCUCCGGCACCGAGCUCCGGAGGCGUCUCAAGACUGGCGCGCCCAUCCCCGACUGGUUCAGCUACGACGCUGUAGUCAAGACUCUUCGCGAGAGCUACCCUCCCCGUCCCAAGCAGGGCUUCGUCAUCUUCCUCACCGGCCUCCACGGCUCUGGCAAGGAAACCAUCGCAAAGGCUCUCCAAGUCACUCUCAACCAGCAGGGCGGACGUAGCGUCUCGCUCCUGCUCGGCGAUACCAUCCGUCCCGACCUUGAUACCCCCUUCUCUGCUACGGCUGAGGAGCACUCCAAAAACCUCCAGCGCGUCGCCUUCGUCGCUUCCGAGCUCGCGCGGGCAGGUGCGGCUGUCAUCCUUGCCCCGAACACAUACAAGCAGGCGGCACGGGAUGCCAUCAAGGACACGAUCCUCCACCAGGCGGGUCCCGGCGGCAACUUCUUCGGCGUGCACGUCGCGACGCCCCUCGAGCACUGCGAGGCGAACGACCGCAAGGGCGUAUACGCGCGUGCGCGUAAGGGCGAGAUCCGUGGCGUCCCCGGCGUUGACGAGGAGUUCGAGGAGUUCGAGCGGCCACAGCUCACCGUGGAUGUGUCGAGGCAGAACAUCCCCGAGAUCGUGCACAGCAUUGUUCUCCUCCUCGAGACGGAAUCACUGCUCUAGUGGCGAUACCCUCUCACCCACAUGUACUGGCAUAGCAUGGCUGUAUGCACCCGUCUGCUGGGGCAGCCUGCUCCUUUUCUUGUUUAGGCUCUAGAUUGCGACUUUUGUAUGUACGGCAUAGAGAAUCUGUGUACAUUUGUAGGGCGUGCACCUAAUAUAUAUGUAACGCACCAUGUCUAUCGCACAUCAAGCACCG